UCAACAUAUUUUUGGAAUGCCAUAUAACAAUAAGAAGAAGAAAAAGUUCAUUUCGUUAGUCAUUUUUUUCUUGCUGCAAAAAUUAAGAAAUUGCCAAAACAACGGUGGGUGUUGUUGAACCAAAGAACCUUAAAUUGUCUACAAAGUAAAGACUAAUUGACUACCCUUUUAUAUUUGCAACUUUAAAACCCCAUUGGCGCUAUUUAAAACAAAGGAAAAAUAGCAUAAUUAAUUCCGAAAAAAGUUGCAUACGAACAAAGAAAAAUGGGUAUAUUUGGUCAAUCGACUGGCUUUGAUGCAGAUGUGGAAAACGCAACGAGGGAAUCAAAUACUAAAGAAGACUGGUCAUCGAUUCUUGAUGUUUGUGAUAAAACCUCAUCGAACAGUAGGAAUGCUAAAGACUGCUUGAAAGCCAUUAUGAAGCGAAUGGGCCACAAUGACCCACAUGUAGUUAUGCAAGCCAUUACAUUACUAGAUGCCUGCAUUAGUAAUUGUGGUAAAGCAUUUCAUUUGGAAGUAGCUUCCCGUGAGUUUCAAAACGAGUUUGUUAGGUUAUUGGGCAAAGCCCAGCCAAAAGUAUCAGCGCGAAUGUGCCAAGUAUUGAAACGUUGGGCUGAAGGAGACUUUAAAAACGAUCCUGAACUCAACUUGAUACCCUCGCUGUAUGCAAAAUUGCGUCAGGAGAAUUAUUACGAUUUCAAUACCACCAAUAACAAGCCUUCGAAAACCAGUGCAAAAAUGCCUUCAGCUAGCGAUACAACAGCAAAUUCUCAGCAAGAAGAGGACGACUUAGCUAAGGCGAUCGAAUUGUCUUUGAAAGAAGUGAAGAAUAGUCCGAAACAUUCAAGUGCUGCAACCAGCGGCGGUGUUAAUCAGUAUCCGUCUUUAUACCCUGCUGUUUCGAGUGCCGCUACGACGUCUUCUAAUAGUCAAAUAGAAGCAAGGAAAGUUAGAGCUUUGUAUGAUUUUGAGGCAGCGGAGGAGAAUGAACUAACUUUUGUCGCCGGUGAUAUAAUUCAUGUGCUUGAUGAUUCCGACCAGAACUGGUGGAAGGGGUAUAAUCAUCGUGGUGAAGGAUUAUUUCCAUCAAAUUUUGUGUCUGCUGACCUAUCCGUUGAUCCCGAGCGCUUAGAAAUCAAUCAACAACACAAAUUGAAAAAAAGUGCACAGUUUGAGGAGGAUACCAAAGAAUUGCAGCACAAGACUGAAGCAGCAGCCGCUGCAGCAGCUUCACAAAGGAUAGAUAUUGACGAGAAAAAAAUUGAUCGUUUAUUGCAUUUGAUUAAUGAAGCUAAUCCAGAGGAUCCAUCUCAAGAUACGGAAGAAAUGUUGCGCUUGGAGCAGGAAGUUCAUCAAAUGGGUCCUUUGAUAGAUGCCGAAUUAGAGCGAGUAGAUCGGAAGCAUGCGCAGCUUUCUCAAUUGUCCAGCGAUUUGGUGGAUGCUAUAAAUUUAUAUCAUUCGUUAAUGAGGGACGACAGAAACUCUCUAGGAUCGCCAUACGGCGCAUCAAUGUCAGGAAUGCCAGGACUACCAAACUACCAUAAUAUGCCACAACAACCAGCGCAUAUCUUGUAUGGAACGAAUACACCAUUUCAGGGAAGCUUUGGCCCCCAAAUGCAGAGUAAUUUGAGUUCUACACCCUAUCCUAAUCCAUCAGCUAACUAUCAGACAAUGAACAUAUCAAUGCCAUACCAAAACAGUCAACCAAACACACAAACAUCUACACCCCAAGGAAUAACUUCGCAAUCUAAUUCCCAAAUCAUUCCACAACAACCACUAUCCAUACCACAAACUCAUCCACAACCACCAAUUUAUUUGGCAUCUAAUGGACAACCGCAAUCAUCAGUUAAUAUUGGAUCAUCUGGAGAUUCUCAGCAACAUCCCUCCUAUCAAAUGUUGUCUCACCAGUAUAUACCUCCACAAUCCCCUUCAAUCACUACAAAUGCAAUCCCUACUAACCAGGCCCCACCUUCUACACAAUCCUCCUCACAAGCUCCACACACUCAUUUUAUGUCUCCACAACAUCUCUCACUGCAACAGCCUCAGUCUUAUGCAAAUGGAUCUUCCCCACAACUUUUGCAUAGCUCACACCUUUACAACACCAUCAUGCCAAACGGCCAACCUAAUUUUAUGGGAACACAAUCCUUACCACCGACUGUACCAGCUGCUAGCUCACUAGAUCAAUUUAGUCAACUGCAACAACAAAUGUCGAACAUGUCGGUUGCAACACAACCUUCAUACCAAACCAAUGUGCAGCAAAACAUUCCAGUGUAUCAACAACGGUAAAACUCGUGAACUAACAUUACUAAAGAAAUAUGAACAAAAUUCAAAUGUUAAAGGAUAGCCAUCCUCGUAGAAAAACCCCUAAAUUCCAAUUAAAAUAAAAUCUUGUAUUCGUCUCCAACUUUUUAGACAUAUAUAAUAGUAUACAAUAUUCAAAUUUAACGUUACUCUAAUGCUCCAAAAAGUCCACCAGCCUGCGUUUGCCUAAAUUUGGUUUCUUGCUUCAUUCUUAUAAGAUAUGCUGGAUGAACGUCCUAACAAUUGAAUAGCAAGUAAAUAUUAUUUUUCGAACUAAAUGGAAAUGCAGAUUUUUGACCUUUGUUAAAAAAAUAGUUUAACCAAGGUCUUCUUAUUUUAAUAUACGGUUUUGUGAUUCAUUGCCUAGCAAAUCGUAAUCAUCACUAUAAUAAAACCGUUUUUUAAUUUUAA